AUGUUAAACCUUUGUAUCCAGGAUGGUGAUCGAGGGUACCUAGAGGGCCUUGCAUCUCGCUACGCCGACCUCUUCUCCACGCAUUACGGCGACGUACUCGACCACCUGGAGGAACUAAGGCGGCACGAAUGGGAGGAGAUGUCACCGCGGAUGCGAGUGAUAGGCGGCCCUGGGACACCACAGACGCCGCCGUCAGCGAGCCCGGGGUCGUUGGCCUUGAACAACCUCACGACGUCACAUUCACAACCUAUUUAUGUGCCUGGGAAGUACUCUCCGUCAAGUUGCCUGACCGAUAAGGAAGAGGAUGAGAUCUACGGCUUUGGUUACGGCGUGUUCGGAAAGCAGAUGUUGCAGCGACAACAGCAGCAAAAACAGCUGCUGCUGGCACAGCCCACGCAACCCUUGAUGCACAAUCAACAGCAUAAUUACCAGAGUUGUCUGAGUCCACGCUCCGCUUACUUUUAUGAAUUUCCACCGAGCGAUAACUGCCUCGGCACUGCUAAGAAAAAGGUGACCACGUUUUCGAGACUGCUACGCGGUUUAAAGUCCCAUAGGAAAGAGAAGCAUGGUUCCUGUUCUCCGAAGCACACACACAGUCCCAGGCAAACUUUACCUCCGCAAAGGGUGGAUACACCGGACAGCGUGCUACAAAGUGGCUUAGGUCUCGGUCCAGGCCCUGACACAGCUCUUAGAUCCAUGGUCGAUCCCAGAGACUAUGAUCGGCUGCGCUACUUUCAAAUGACAUCAGCCCAACCGAACACCUUUGAAGAGACUAUACAUAGGUUAAAAGUUCAGGAGGCGAUGAAGAAAAAGGACAAAUUGGCGAGGGAACAAGAGGAGAUUCUGCGUGAUAUCCGGCAUGGCCUUAUCAACAUGGGGAGAGACGGCGUUCGUGGACCGUUCGGAGACGACACGUAUAUGUACGACGACGAAGCGAGAGGCUUGUCGGGAAGAGGGCAUUGGUACGAUGAACCCCCGUAUGAGAGCGAUCCCGAAGACUUCCUCAUGGGCGGAGGGGCACCGGCCGCGUCGUUUCAGAACGGCCGAGUCUGCUUCACGCUUAAUCUUCGAAACGAGCCGAGAGGCGAAGGCGUGAUAUCCCUUAGAAGCGCCGGCGAUAUAAGCUUAGCGAGGGCACCGCGGCGAGGAUUAAUAAUUCCACAGAGCGGCCCCUACCCAACCACUGUGAUACCCUUGCGAACUGCGCGAGAUAGGGAAAGCGGGGAUUACGCCGCGUCAGACAUACAAUCGAUAGGAUCGCGACUAUCCGGCAUAUCGUUGGAAUCGAGUCGAUCCGAACGAGACUCGAGACGAGGUUACAGGCAAAUGUCAGGCUAUCGAAUAGGAAUGGACCCGUUAUCGCCCGCCUCAUCGGAUUACGAAGAUCAAGAGAGCGAGACUGACUCGCAGCACAUAGCCACGGUGCAUAAGUCAGCCGACGAAAUGGAGGGGGUAUCGAACUUAGUGGGGAAAGUGCGAGGGUUACGGCAGGACGUUCAAAGGAAAAUAUCCAGGUUAAGACAAGAGAGGGGCCCGGAAGGUACCGAGAGGCGGACGAGCGGGGACCAGGCGUUCCCCUGCUCUAAUAGUUCUUUUGAAAGUCUUCCCAGUGGAUCAGGCAGUAGCACGCAGGCAUUGGUUCGAGCCGGUAGUAAUCAUUCAUCUCUGUCAGCAGAAGAAAACAUAGAAUUAAGUCCGGCCGGGCGGAGUCUCCUCGUACCGCAGAUGCUGUGCCGUGCGCGUGCGCUGGUCGAUUACAUACCCAAUAUUUACGAAAAGGAUGCUUUGAGAUACAAGAAAGGAGAUAUAAUUGAGGUGAUAAAUAUGAACGCAUCCGGUAUAUGGCGAGGCGUACUUAACAAUAAAGUGGGUAACUUUAAAUUUGCAAAUGUGGAAGUGCUCUCAGAGAGAGAUGCGAACAGGUCAAGAACCCUCAAAUGGUGCAAGAGCAGGGAACGACUUUGGGAGACGCGUCCGAGAACGGUCGAAGAACUUCUAAGAAGGAUAGAUUUGCCUGAGUACGCCAUUGCCUUCGCACGGAAUGGUUACGAAGAUAUCGAGCUGUUUAAAGAAAUCGAGCCAUCCGAUUUGGACUACCUAGGAAUUAUGACCCCUGAUCAUCGAACACGUAUCCUCGCUGCUGUACAACUGCUGCACCAGCUUGAAUGUGGCGAAGGUGACGGUGAGGUGGAAGGUGGUGGUUCAAGUUCAGAAGGUGGUGAUUCACCAUUCGGACGACGGCAGUUUCCACGCGAUUCUGGCUGCUAUGAAGCUGGAGUAGGCGUGGGUGGCGUACGUGUCCGUACUUCGCCCCUCGUGCAUAGAACUGACGAACCUUCCCAUAGACCUCCGGAGCCAGCGCCUCAAGCGAAGCGCUCUAUUCGUCGACGUCAGCCCGAUGAUGCUGAGUGCGAUAGAAUCGAAAGAUAUCCAGGCACAGUAGGAGAGAAGGUCGUUGCUCGAAGCGGUGGCUUACCCGGCGGGGCGAGAGAUGACAUUUGUGAAUCUGAUCAUAAACUGAAUGUCGUGAAGUUUGUCGCCGGAGGUGAGACCUGUGUGUCCGAGAAGAGCAGCGAUUCGGGAGUGAGUAGUUCGUCGUUGAGUUCAGCGCACCCACACCGUCCCUGA